UCCUCAGUUUCACUCUCUAAACUUUGUUCUCUUACCCUUAUUUGUAAUGGCAAGAAUGCCUUUGGAACCUCUUAUUGUGGGGAGAGUCAUAGGAGAGGUUCUUGACUCUUUUACCACAACCACAAAAAUGACUGUGAGUUAUAACAAAAAGCAAGUCUACAAUGGCCAUGAGUUUUUCCCUUCAUCUAUCAACAUCAAACCCAAGGUUGAGAUUGAGGGUGAUGAUAUGAGAUCCUUUUUCACACUGAUCAUGACAGACCCUGAUGUUCCAGGCCCUAGUGACCCUUAUCUGAGAGAACACUUGCACUGGAUAGUGACAGACAUUCCAGGCACAACAGAUGCUACAUUUGGGAAAGAGUUGGUGAGCUAUGAGAUCCCAAAACCUAAUAUUGGGAUCCAUAGGUUUGUGUUUGUCCUGUUCAAGCAAAAGCGUAGGCAGUGUGUUACUCCACCAACUUCAAGGGAUCAGUUCAACACACGCAAUUUCGCAGCACAGAACGAGCUUGGGCUCCCAGUGGCUGCUGUCUACUUCAAUGCACAGAGGGAAACGGCUGCAAGAAGACGCUAGCUAGCUUCCUAGCUAUAGCUUCCUGCUCCUGCUUAGUCUUAUUUACCACUGCAACCAAAGUAGUGUAGUAUUGAAUAAAGCGAUGAUAAGUACAAAGGAGUUUCAGUACUGCAGCUUAAUCCUCCUCACAUGUGCCUCAAAUAACUCGCUGAACCAAGUUAAUCAUUUUCUAGUUUGACUAGUUUGUAUGCUAUGUUUUUACUUUCCCAUCCAAUGUGUACCUUCUGUAUUAUACUGUACUACGUGUAUUAUUAUUACCUCCUGGAUAAUCCUAUGAGGUCAUCUUAUAUAAACCAAUAAGAGGUUUGGUA